GCCAAUUUUUUGUGUUUGAUCUUCUUCAUCAUCCACUUUUCAAUUCAGGUAGCUCAUGCAGACCCACGUUUGGACGUGGUAGCGCGCUCAUGCAGCCAUACGAAAGCACACAACGCAUCAAUGUACGUGGAUACAUAUUGGAAGAUAAUGGCGAGCAUGGAAGAAGAUAUAAAGCGCAAUAAGUUUUCGUUUGAAGAAGUGGGUGAGGGACCUAACCGACUCCAUGUGUUUGCGCAGUGCAUGGCUGAUCUUUCCGGUGAUGAAUGUGAAGAAUGCUUCAACCGUGUGAAGACCCUUUUCGCUAGUUGCUUUCCUUCCAUAGGUGGUCGGGUAUAUGCUGAUGGGUGCUUUAUCAGGGUAGAGAAUUAUAGUUUCUAUGAAGAAACUGUUGGACCUGAUGCUUUGAAGAGAUGCAGUAAUAGUUUUGACAGAAGUCAAAUAUUCAAGGACACGGCAAAGGAUUUAGUCUAUAAGAUAGCAAAACAAGCACCAGAUAGUCGAGGAUUUGCAGUAGAGCGUCAGAAAUUGCCUGCGGGUUCAUCAGUCUAUGCUAUGGCUAAUUGCUGGAAAACUAUGGACCAUAAUAUGUGUUCUUCCUGCCUGGUAAAUGCAGCCAUGGUUUCCUUAUCUUGCCUACCAUCAACAGAUAGCCGUGUGAUGAAUGCAGGCUGCUUUAUUCGUUACUCUGAUUAUGACUUCACCAAUGGCCCUGAUUCUGAUGCAGCUGUAGAUACCAUAUUUUCAUAUGUCUCAUAUGCUCUCGGUGCCAUUGCUUCCUGUGCUUUGGUGAUUGUAAUUGGAUUCUGUGCUGGUAGAACUGUAUACAGACGAAAGAAUCACAAAAGAAGAGUAAAAGGAAAGGAACCGUUCUUAUCAGAUUCAAACAGAAGCUUGCAGAUCUUGCAGUUUCAGUUCUCAACCUUAGAAAAAGCAACUGACAGCUUUGAUCAAGCCCACAAGCUUGGUCAUGGAGGAAAUGGUGAAGUGUUUAAGGGAACCUUAGCUGAUGGUAGAGAAAUCGCGAUUAAACGAUUAUACAUAAGAGGAAGAGCUAAUACAAACGAGGUUUACAAUGAAAUGGAUAUCAUUAGCAGAGCCCAACAUAAGAACUUGGUUCGUUUCCUGGGUUGCUGCUUCACCAAUACAGACAGCUUCCUUGUCUAUGAAUUCCUUGCAAACAGAAGCCUUGACAGUAUCCUAUUUGACCCAGAGAAGAAGACGGAACUAGAUUGGAAUAGAAGGCUUGGAAUAAUCAUUGGAACAGCCGAAGGUUUGGAGUACCUCCACAAAGGCUGUCAAUUUCGGAUAAUUCAUAGAGACAUCAAAGCAAGCAACAUUCUAUUAGACUUGAAACAUAAACCAAAAAUUGCUGAUUUUGGCCUAGCAAGGUUUUAUUCAUGUGACAAAAGCCUCAUCAGCACUGCCAUUGUCGGCACAUUAGGUUACAUGGCUCCUGAAUACCUUGCUCAAGGAAGACUAACUGAAAAAGUAGAUGUCUAUAGCUUUGGGGUUCUAGUGCUUGAAAUAGUCAGCGGUGUGAAGAACAGUGAAUUUCAUCCUACAGAAACAUUUGAGACUCUUGUUAUUAAUGCUUGGAAGCACUUCCAAUCAAAUACAGUAUUUGAGAUUAUAGAUGAAAGCAUAAUGAUGGAAGACGUUGGAGAAAUCACAAGAGUUGUUCAGGUGGGUCUAUUGUGUACUCAAGAAUCACCAUCUUUACGUCCUAGCAUGACAACAGUAAUUCAAAUGCUUAAAGAAAAGGAUUUCCAUUUGCCAGUGCCAUCCAAGCCUCCUUUCGCGGAUGAAUGUGCAAGAUUAUCUUCAUCAUUUGACUCUUCAUGUCAUCAUAGACAAACUUCUUGUUUAUCUGAUUUAUGUACAUUCCACAGUUUUAAAAAAUGUGACCCUGAAUAAUUCCUCUUUGAUUUUCAUUAGGCUUUCCUUCUCUCCCUUUCCCUCUAUUUUUUGGGAUCAUUUCUCAUGUUAUUUAUGUUUGCAAUGCUUGACAAAGACAAGAUGCAGCAUAUUUAACAAUG